AUACGCUAUAUAGUUGCCUUGCGCGAAGCUUUGAGCUUGUAGCGAAAAGCACUUAUCUUUGAUGAUGGUAGUAUAGUAUUUGUAUGUACCCUUUUCGUAUUAAAUCUCAUGGGCUUCACACAAAAUCACUCUCCUUUUACUCCAACCUCAUAGACCACUGCCUCUCACUGAAAUCUUUGAUUUUUUUCAAAUCAACCCAUGCCCAGUUGAUUAAAGUCGGUUUCAACCGCCACACUUUUCUGGGUAACCGCUGCAUCGAUCUGUACUCCAAAGUCGGAACCUUUAGUGCUGCUUUGCAAGCAUUUGAUGACAUAGCCAGCAAGAACACCAUUUCUUGGAACAUUUGCUUGAGGGUGUAUGUAGACUCUGGAAACCUCGAAGGUGCACGUAAUGUGUUUGAGAAAAUACCCAAAAGUGAUGUUGUGAGUUGGAACUCGGUUAUUUCAGGAUAUGCUUCAAAUGGGGUUUUUGAUAGUGCAUUGGAACUUUUUAGGGGGAUGCAGAAUGAGGGUAUGAGGCCUAAUGAAUUCACAUUCUCGAUUAUGGCAUCGUGCGUGACGAGUGCUUGUUAUGGCAAGCAGAUUCAUGGUAGCAUGAUGAGAAGUGGGGUGGAUUUGUUGUCAAAUGUGGUGGUUGGGAAUUCCUUGAUUAACAUGUACGGGACGCUCGGGCUUGUGGAUUAUGCCUUUGCAGUGUUUCUAACAUUGGAGGAGGUGGAUGUUGUGUCUUGGAACUCGUUGAUUUCGGGAUGUUGGAAAUGUGGACACGGGGAAAUGGCUUUGCAUCAGUUCUGUUUGAUGGUAUCUGUUGGAUACUCACCUGACAAGUUUACAGUAUCGAUAGUGACUAGUGUUUGUACCAACUUGCGAGAUUUGGAAAAGGGUAAGCAAAUACUUGCUUUCUGCGUCAAACUCGGGUUUCUUUCUAACACCAUUGUAUCAAGUGCUGCCAUUGACCUAUUUUCCAAAUGCAACAGAUUGGAGGAUUCAAUUCAGCUCUUUGAAGAAACAAUUGUACAGGAUUCUGCUGUUUGUAAUUCUAUGAUUUCGAGCUACGCAAGGCAUGGUUUUGGAGAGGAUGCUUUGCAACUUUUUGUCCUUACAAUGAGAGAUCACCUCAGCCCGACUAAAUUCAUGCUCAGCAGUGUUCUGAGCUCUGCUUCUUCUCUUCUUCCAGCAGAGCAGGGGAGUCAACUCCAUUCCUUGGUUUUCAAAUUAGGUAUGGAAUCUGAUGCGGUGGUUGGGAGUUCACUUGUAGAAAUGUAUGCCAAAUAUGGAUUGAUUGACAAUUCCAUAAAUAUAUUUGCUGAAAUCGAUCCAAAAGAUUUGAUAUCUUGGAACACAAUUAUUUUAGGUUUGACUCAGAAUGGGAGAGUAGCUGAAACCCUUGACCUCUUCCAGGAACUACUUAGAAUAGGUCCAAAGCCGGAUCGAAUUACUUUAGUUGGGGUUCUAUUGGCAUGCAGCUAUGGGGGCUUUUUAGAAGAAGGAAAGAGAGUCUUUUUCUCAAUGGAGAAGGCAUAUGGAAUAGUACCAAGGGAUGAGCAUUAUCAUUGUGUAGUGAAUAUGAUGAUUCGAGCAGGUAAACUCAAAGAAGCCAUGGAUAUUGUAGAGGCAAUGCCUCAUGAGCCCAGUCCUAUAAUUUGGGCAUCCAUUCUUCAAGGUAUUGGGGCUGAUGGAGAUUUGAAUUUCACCGAAAGAGUAGCGGAGAGGUUGAUAGAGUAUGAUCCACAUUCAUCUCUACCCUAUCUGGUACUCGAUCGGGCCUAUGAGAUGAGGGGCAAAUGGGAGAGCAUGGUUCGAGUGAGGAAGGCCUUGAAAGAGAGCAGUGAAAAGAAGGUUAUUGGAUGCAGUUGGAUUGGGAUAAGAAACCACUCGUUCGUUUUUAAAGAAAACCAUAUAUCUCGUUACGAAGAUAAAGACAUUUAUUCGAUGCUUGCAUUACUUAUUUCUGAGAUGGCGAUUGAAGGUUCUGUCUAUGAUCACUGUGAAAGUGAGCUUUAAGGGGAAGAAAGAGUAAUAGACUAGAAACGAAGUAGAAAGUUACUUGUCUUAUAAAUUGAUACAUAUAUUUUAUUCUUUUUGAUACAAUGAAGCAGUAAAUUACGGUGUCUUGGUACAGUUGGGGUUGUUUUUAUCCGUUUGUAAUUCAAUGUGACAACUGGGGGUUAUUAUUUCAUUUUGAUCACAUACUAGGGAUGCAUAAUUUUCAUCCGUGCUUUUAGAAAGUUCAACUUUUGGGACAGAGAAGUUGGAAGAAGACUUUGCUAGUUUUCGUGUUUCUGGUCAGUUUGGGUAAUUGUUUAUUGUCCAUUGCUCAGCAAGACUGAGGAAAAAAUACAGGUCUAAAUGAAGAUGCAAUUAAGCGUCUUUUAGUGUGGAGAAGCAUGUAAAUCGUGUAGUAGUUCAAGAAUGGACCUAAGGGUACUGUUGGCAAUGGCAUCAGUCAGACUUGUACUUUCAGGGUGGUUUGGGUUAUUCAGGUGAUGCAGUUUUUGGACAAAAGAGUUGGCAUCUGAUGUUGAUACAUGCUUGAGUUAUGGCCUCAGAUGUUAAAGGGCUACUUAGUGCACAAGGCUCUCGCUGGAGAAGGAAGGAUUGGGUGUGUGCAGCCUUAUUCUACAAGCGAAAAGACUGUUUGACCGCUUGGUCAUACUUGGUCAAUCUUACUGUGGCUCUUGGGCUGCUCUUCAAUCAUGGUCUCAAAUGCUGAUGCAAUGAUUGUUACUUGUUCGGAAAUAUGCACCCAUUUCAUUAUUAGCAUAGUUCACUGGUCAGCUAAAAAAAGAGCAGAGUUUACUGGAUUUGAGUUACUAUACGAAGUUUUAAGCACACCAAAGAGUCUUCCUACAUUGCGCAAAGACCGAGAAAGCAAGCUUGUAGCAUUCUGGAAUGCAAGCUAUCUCCAACCAGUGAAGCAACGAGCAACUUACGAGUUUAGUUUCUGGGUCUGGUUAUCCUCCAGUAUUCAAGUUUUGAAUCUUUUCUGAUUAUAGCACUCUGUUCGAGGACAAUUGUUUUAACCUCAUGUUCAUGGUUAAGUAGUUUUUAAGAAUCAGCCAAACUUAUUCUUAACACUAUUUAAAUGUAAGUGGAAACUCUGAGCUAGGUGUUUGGUACCCUACAAGAGUUCGUUUCGCACUUGUGACUUUCCCUAAUGUAUGACGUUAUGUUUGUGCACGUAUUGUGAUUAAUGUUUAUGUUCUUGUCAUUUAUCUGGUUCUGCGAGGAUAGUUUGGAUUUAUGUUUCUUAGAGUAACUUAUGGUUUGGAUGUAUAACCUAGUGGUUGGCUUUGUAUUUACAUAAGACCAAUCUCAUUUUGCUGUAGACAGUUACUUUUGGUUCUCUUUUGCUUUAUAUCAUGGUACCAGAGCAGGUAUUCGUACAGCUUGUUCGUUUUGCACUAGGCGCCGUCACUGCUGUCCCUGCAAGUUAUUAUCUUGUCGCCAACCACCUGACGGUCAUCUUCUUCCCUCCAUUUGCAUCUUCUUCAAAAAUGUGUCAGCUUCAGAUUUAGAUUUGCAUUUGCACUUGGCCACCAUGUCGGACUAACAAAUGCAUGUUAUUAGUGUCACGGGUAAGACCAAGCCUCGAGUUACUGUGGAUGAGCGCAAUUUUUGCCAUCAAAAGGGACAUUGAAAGAAUGCACGCCUGAAGCUUUGCAGUCAAAGGGAUUCCGUUCUUCUCCCUUGAUUACUGUGUCAUCCUCUAGAGGUCAGAAUCAGAUUAGCUUUCUCGCCCUUUGUUCUCUCUUACCUCUGGGGGUGUUUCACCUCCAUUGUUUGAGCAGUUCGUGGCUACUACUCAAGGAAUCAUCCACAAGCUUCAGUGGUGCUAACAAUUUACAUGGUUCUUAUACCACAGGUAUCUCACCUACCACAUGAUUUUUUAAUUCUGAUUCUUCCCAUCAUAUGACUCCCAUUGUCUCACUCAAUAACUCUGUGUUUCCCUGUCUCCCCCAUUUGUAUUGCGACGGUAAAUGGCUUCCCCUUGCACGUUGAUUCUAUUGGUUUUGUUCUUUGUAGUGCAUCGUUGUUUUGCUUUUCAUGUUUGUUUUCUAUGCUUCUCAAUUAUCUGUAACCAUUCUUUCAAUUAGUCAAUUAUCUGAUUUCUUUUUUCUUUUUCUUAUUUUUUUAUGUCUUAUUCUCUUCUAUGGUAGUCUUGUUCUGGAUUGAGCGUCCAAGAAGCAGAUUGAGAUUUGGUGUAGAGUUACUGAUUUCUAUAAAAUGAAACGCUUGCACAUCGCUAUCGAGUCGUCUUCCACUACCUUAUGGACUUUCUUUUCAGAUUAGAUGUCUUGUCUUGUCUUGUUUAUCUUCGACAUUCUAGAUUAGGUCAUUCCUCUAGCGAACAUUUGAAAACUUCAACUUAAAGUUAGCUAUUUGGGGUUAUAUUUUUGUUAGUGACAUUUAUGAGUGCGGAGGUUGUAAGUAUGUCAUGAUUUACCCUUUCAUAAUAGUUCAUACUGAUAUGUGGAGUCCUUUUCCGGUUCCAAG